AUGGGCAAUAAUGCUGCCACCGCUAACAAAAAGGUCGACGCUGCCGAAAGCGUCAAGGAAUUCCUUGAUCAGGCGAAAGAAGAUUUUGAGGAGAAAUGGAAGAAGAAUCCCACCAACACCGCCGGAUUGAACGAUUUCGAACGAAUCAAAACGCUCGGGACGGGAUCCUUCGGGCGAGUUAUGAUAGUUCAACAUAAACCGACAAAAGAAUAUUAUGCUAUGAAAAUUUUAGAUAAGCAGAAAGUCGUUAAGCUGAAACAAGUAGAACAUACACUGAACGAAAAGCGAAUUCUGCAAGCCAUAAAUUUUCCUUUUUUGGUGAGCCUCAAGUUUCACUUCAAGGAUAACUCCAACUUGUAUAUGGUGUUAGAAUAUGUUCCUGGUGGAGAAAUGUUCUCCCAUCUGCGAAAGGUGGGUAGAUUUUCAGAGCCACAUUCUCGUUUUUAUGCGGCUCAGAUAGUCCUAGCGUUUGAGUACCUUCAUUAUUUGGAUCUUAUUUAUCGUGAUUUGAAACCUGAGAACUUGUUAAUUGAUUCACAAGGCUACCUAAAAGUAACCGAUUUUGGUUUUGCUAAGCGAGUGAAAGGGCGCACUUGGACCCUGUGCGGUACUCCUGAGUAUUUGGCACCAGAAAUCAUCCUAUCCAAGGGUUACAACAAAGCUGUAGAUUGGUGGGCUCUCGGUGUACUUGUUUAUGAAAUGGCAGCAGGUUACCCACCUUUCUUUGCAGAUCAACCAAUUCAAAUUUAUGAAAAGAUUGUAUCAGGCAAAGUCCGUUUUCCAUCACACUUUGGUUCCGAUUUGAAAGACCUGUUGCGUAAUCUCCUUCAAGUGGAUUUGACAAAGCGUUAUGGUAAUUUGAAGGCGGGAGUGAAUGACAUCAAAGGUCACAAAUGGUUUGCCAGUACUGACUGGAUAGCAGUUUUCCAAAAGAAGAUUGAAGCACCUUUCAUCCCACGGUGCAAGGGUCCUGGAGACACUAGUAACUUUGAUGACUAUGAGGAAGAGGCGCUUCGUAUAUCGUCUACAGAAAAGUGUGCAAAGGAGUUCGCUGAAUUCUGA